CUCUGCGCCAGUACAAGUCAGACCGGCAGAGAGGAGGGUGUAGUGCGGUGCUAGUGCGGGUAUAGUGACUGUGAAGCUGUGGCGGUGAUGUGUGGCGGCGGCGGUGUGUGUGGUGCGGCGUUUUGGUGAAGGCAGUGAUGGUGGUGCCUCGCCUGCUGUACCUCCUGCUCUCCUUGGCCACCACAACCUUGCCUGGAGGGGCGGCUAGAACGUGCUAUCACUGCAGGGUACGUGAACACUGCCUGGAUUCAACGGCGAUGCAGUUGAAGAGAUGUGCCCCCAGCGUGAACCAUUGCGUGAAGAAGGUGACCCAUAGCAGAGUUACCGGAGUCGUGGUGACGGAGAGGUACUGUGGCGGACGUGACUUUCUCAACUCGGCCAGGGACAGAGGCUUAGUAGAGGACCGCUGCUACGUGGAGGAGGAGGAAGUGGUGCUGGUGGAAGGAAGGGACAGACGCACCUCCUCCACUGUUUGUUUCUGCUCCACCAACAUGUGCAACGGGGAGUCUUCCGCGAGAACGCCUCCUCCACCACACUUGCUUCUCCUUUUCCUCUUCCUCUUGUUUGUCUUCCGAUCGUCGUGACGCACUGUACGUUGUGACCUGUGAACGAGUAAUUGGUGGUGAUUCCUGCGUCAGACUAGCUGUGAUAAUUCUUUGCUUUGUUGUGUGUAUAAUGUGUGUGCGUGUAUGUGUAACGAGAGAGAGAGAGAGAGAGAGAGAGAGAGAGAGAGAGAGAGAGAGAGAGAGAGAGAGACCCUACCUAAUUCUAUCAUUCCUACAUAACAAUUCAAGGGGCCAAGUUGUACUCUAUUCUAUCAUAUCAGUGGUUGAGAAUUUAUACUUACAGCAACAGCAACAGCAGCGUCUCGUCUCCACAGGCAGGCGGCCACGCACGCAAAGCAGUUACUCUAUGCUGUUACGUAAUCAUCAUGUCUUUCAUUUUUUUUGUAAUUAUUUAUCAAGAAAACAGAUAGAUGAAUAAAAGCUGUUACAUAGA